AUGGAUUCGAUUGAAAAGUUAAAGACACAGAUAUUCAGUGAUAACUACACAGAAAUCAACGACACAGUGGAUGAGUGCCUGGACAACAUCCUAAGCAACUACAACCACUCACAUAUGGUGGUUUUUGCAAGACUGGUGGAAAUGCUUGCUGAGGCGUGUCCAAGCAAGAAAACACAGCGAACACUAAUGAUAAUCGAUCUGAUCAAGUUUCCGCUCAAAAAGUCGAUUGAAAAUGCAACAGAAAGCAUAUGA